CUUGUGGGGUGAAUAGGGCAAAACCAAUUUUCAAAAAAAAAGAGGUUAGUUUUGUGUUUGAAUUUAAGUUGUAGGUCAAUUUUGCAAAAAUCCCAACUACUUAAGCAGAAAAAUUUGAUCACCAGAUCGUUAUAUUUUACUGCAAUAUUAAACAAAACAGUUUCAAACAUAUACAUAUGAACAUUAUUUAUUCUAACCAUCUGAUAUAUCAGAUCCUUUUCAUUGAACGCUUCACAUAAAAAUGGGAGUAUCUAGCGAACAAAUGAAAGAAAUAAAAAUAGUUAUAAUUAUAUCCUAAUUAAAAAUACAUACAGACUAAGUGUGUAAUCGUUUGUAUAAAAUUUUAAAAAUACAUACAAAAUAUUUAUAAUUUUAUACACAAUGGUUUGUAUUAAAUUUCUUGGAAAUUAACUGGUAAUUUCAUUACCGUUAAGCGUUAACUAAGUGUGCAAUCUUUUCUUCUAUAAAACUAAACUCAUGUUGGGUAUAGACUACUAAAUGCUCCCAAACUCAAAAGCCUAUAAAGAAUUUAAAGAUGAAUAGAAUCUUGAGAAAACUAUCGUGCGUUAAGACAAAAGUUAAAACUUCACUGCGACUAUUCGAAUCCAGGUCAUCACUGUCUUCUUCCUCUUCUGCCUCUUUUACUCCCAAGAGGUUCGACGUCUUUCUAAGCUUCAGAGGCGCAGAUACUCGCAGGAAGUUCGUUAGCUUUCUGUACAAUGAUCUAGAGGCUAAAGAGAUUCGAACGUUCAAAGACGACAAGGAACUGGAGAGUGGCCGUCCUAUUCCACCGGAGCUUAUCCAAGCCAUCAAAGGAUCAAAAAUCGCGGUGGUGGUGGUCUCUGCGACUUACCCUGCCUCCUACUGGUGUCUAGAGGAGCUCGUGAAGAUUCUGAAGUACGAGAGAAAGGGUUUGCUUAAAGUUCUGCCUGUUUUCUACGAGGUUGAUCCUUCUCACCUGAGGUGGCAGAUCGGAGAAGUUGCAAAACAGUUCAAGAAACAUGAGAAGAGACAAAGCAAAGAGAGGGUCAAGUCUUGGAGGGAUGCGUUGGCUUAUUUGGCUAAUCUUUCUGGCGAAUGUUCCAAAAAAUGGGAUGAUGACUCGAAGCUUGUCGAUGGAAUCACGGAGAAGAUAUCAAAGAUGUUGUUCUCAACAACACCUACAAAUGGUAACAACCUAAUAGGUAUCGACCAACACAUGGACGAGUUGUAUCCAUUACUGGACCUAAACUCAAACCAAGGUGUUAGAGUGAUUGGUAUAUGGGGAAGAGGAAGCAACGGAAGAUCAGUACUGGCAAGACACGUCUACGAAAACAUCUCACAUAACUUUGACGCUCAUUGUCUUAUCGAAGACGUGAGGAGGGUUUCACGACACUGCCGCAGAUCUCAUCUUCAAGAAGAGCUUCUUUCCAAGAUGCAAGGAGAAGGCCUGGGCGCAAAGACAAGGUGCCUUAACGCAAUCAAAGCAAGGCUCAGGAACAAGAAGAUUCUGCUUGUGGCUAACGACGUAGACAAGAUCAAACAGUUAGACGCGCUUGCGGAGGAGUUUAGCUGGUUUGGUCCAGGGAGCAGAAUCAUCAUAACCACACAAGAUAGACAACUGCUUAGUUCAUCUGGUGUGACGAGUGUCUAUGAAGUUGAGAUCUUGAGAUGCUAUGAAGUUCGUCAGCUCUUCAGGUCAGAAGCAUUCAGGCAGAGAGAUGAUCCUAGAGUUCGUCAGCUCUUUAGGUCAUUAGCAUUCACACAGAGACACGAACAUGUUGGUUUGGAAGAGCCUACAUAUAGACCCAUGGAUCUUCCUGGUAUUAACUUUUUUUUUACCCUCAAAUAUUUGUUGGCUUUGUUGUGUGAUAGAGGCCAGCUUAGGGAAAGACUUGAAGCAAUGAUAUAUAGUCUUUAGAUUGAGUAAUAUUGAUUGAACUGAUGUGUUUGUUUGUUCUUUGGUAACUUAGUCUUACUAAUGUUAAGCCAUUCUUUGUAUGUGAUCUGUUCUUUCUGAUGAGAAAUAAAUAAUACACCAUUCUUUGAUGAUUUAUCUGUACAACUGGGACUGCUUGUGGCAGACAAUGUCUAUAAAUUUGAACAGUUAGAUACUUUUGCAGAGGAUUUCAACUGUUUUGGUUUGGGGAGUAUAGUUAUCAAUUAUCAUCACUCACACAAGAACACGUAGCUGUUUAUUUACACAGGCAUAAAGCUUGUUUAACAAAGUAUAGCUUCUGAGAGUCCAGAAAGUUGGAGAACUAUUCAGAGAAUUAGCCUUUCAGGAACAUUUCUGAUGCGUUCGAGUCGGUGUUAUGUAAGGGAACAAAUAUUGCCAUGGAAUGGUUAGGUUAUCUACAGGUUAGAUCUGGUUAGGGGACAGUGUGUUCCCUUUUCAUAUACGUUUAAGUUAAGUAUGACUAAACUUAGUUAGACGUGGCUUAUAAAUAGUAAUGUUCUGUAUAUUUUUGGAGUGGGCUGCUGGUGCAUAUAUAGAAGAACUGUCAGUCAAAUAGAAGUCACUGAUGCAGAUAAGAGCGAGGGAUGUUGUUCUGUACAGCUUAUUGAUGGAGAUGGUAUAUACAAUGUCUCUGGCAUCGAUCAUUUAAUCAAAGAGGUGAAGCUAGGAGAGUGUGGCCUCUCCUAAGCUGUUGUCUCCAUCAUGUGUCCUCAAAGCAGCGAGCUGUAUGCAUUGUUUUAGAGAGGAGAUAUGUAAUAUUCAUAAUCUUUUAGUAUAGCUUUUGUGAUAUUACAGGGAAGAGUACUACACUGUUGAAGUUUGUUUGGAGCAAAUUUUAUGUUGAUGAAAAUGUAUUUCCACCAGGCGGCAGGGAAGAGUAUUUCCAUAUAGCUUUCCUCACAUUUUGUCGCCUGGUUAAGAAAAUUUUCUACAGGUCUCAGAUCACAAAAGAUAUGACUUGCAAGAUGUGCCGAUAUAGAGCCUUGCACCUUGGUAAUGGACUUGAAGGCCACCGUUGGUGCAAAACCCGGCGUUAGGGGACCGUUUACUUAGUUCUAGAAGUUUUCGUUAUGGCAUGAUUUGAAUCGGUUGAUUAUUUUCUCUCUUACUGUAAAAAAAAAACUGAAAGGAGGGCUAUAAAUAUAUGUACGAUCUCAAUACCUAGUUCCGUGAAAGUUGAAGCAUGGGACAACAUUGCCAACCCCAUGAAAAGAGAGGAGAAAUUAAUCCUUACAUUAACUGCUGAGUAGUAAAGUUUUGUAAAUAUAUAUUCAGAAUCCAACUCAUGGAUUGGUGUGUGUAUU